AUGUCUCCCUCUGAUAUCGAACAAGGACUCAAUCCCGAAAUCACCGACGUCUCAAACGAGAAAGACAAAGCUACCGCUCAUGAAUACCCCGAUGGUGGCAUCCAAGCAUGGCUCGUGGCAGCUGGAGGAGCAUGCGUUUUUUUCUCAACUCUUGGCUUCGCCAAUUCGUUCGGUGUAUUCGAGGAGUAUUAUCUCACACACCAACUGAAUGACAAGUCCGCCGACGAUGUCGCCUGGAUCGGAUCUCUUGCAGCAUUUCUCCAAUUUUCAGCCGGCGCCAUCGGAGGCCCAUUAUUCGACAGAUACGGCGCAUGGGUAAUCCGCCUAGCAGCGGUGCUUUCCGUAUUUGCGAUCAUGAUGACGAGUCUCUGUGACAAAUACUGGCAAUUUAUGCUUGCGCAAGGACUGCUGAUGGGCAUAGCGAUGGGCCUGAUGCAGUCUCCAUCGAUGGCCGCAGUGAUGCAGUACUUUAUGAAGAAGAGAGCAGCGGCGUUGGGACUGGUUGUCUCGGGAUCAUCGAUUGGAGGAGUGGUCCUUCCGAUAGCGCUUUCCAAGAUGCUUAACAGCACGUCUCUGGGAUUCGGAUGGUCCGUACGGAUCAUUGGGUUCGUACUAAUUCCGCUCCUGACGUUCUGGUGCAUCACUGUCAAGUCUCGACUGCCGCCACGAAAGACCAGUUUCUUUGUUGGGUCUGCGUUCAAGGAUUCCCGGUAUAUCCUCAUUAUUGCGGCGAUGUUCUUCAUGAUUGUCGGCAUGUUUGAGCCGCUGUUCUACAUUCCUACGUACGCCGUCAAGAGGGGGAUGAAUGCCACGCUCGCUUCAUACCUACUCGCUAUUCUCAACGCAGCCUCCAAUCUUGGUCGCAUUAUCCCUGGGAUACUAGCGGACAAGUUCGGGCGUCUGAACGUGCUUAUAAUCGGUGGAAUCACCACUGGUAUCGUGGUUUUCUGCUUGAAUGAGGCUAGGUCUACGCCCGCUUUGAUUGUGUACUCGCUCGCUGUUGGGUUCACAUCGGGGACUAUCGUCUCCGGAGGGGGUGCUGCUUUGUCACUCUGUAUCAAGAACCCGCAAGAGGCUGGUGCAUAUAUGGGCAUGGGCAUGGGAAUUGCUUCGCUGGCGGCGCUGGUUGGGCCUCCUAUUAGUGGUGCGCUUGUGAGUCAUUACGACAGUUUCUCUCAAAUGUCCAUCUUUGCCGGUGUUAUGUGUGUUGUUGGCGGGUUCAUUGCGCUUGGAGCCAAGGCUGUCAGUCCGCAGGGUGUUUUCGGAAGGACGUGA